AAAGACUGGUCUUUCUUCUUCUCUUGCAGAUGGAACAUUUCGCCAACUGAAGGACAACAGUGAAGUUGAAGACGAUUGCAAAACAUCCCAACCUGCUCUGCAUUGAAACCCGGGCUACCGGCUGCUGGAUGCACCUUUCCAACAUGGAGACUCUUUCCCAGGACUCCAUUCUGGAAUGCCAGAUCUGCUUUAACUACUACAGCCCCCGGCGGCGGCCCAAACUCCUGGACUGCAGGCACACCUGCUGCUCCGUGUGCCUGACCCAGAUGCGCAGCACCCAGAAGGAGAUCCGCUGCCCUUGGUGCCGCGGCGUCACCAAGCUUCCCCCCGGCCUGUCCGUCUCCCAGCUGCCAGACGACCCGGACAUCAUCACCGUCAUCGCUAUACCUCACGCCUCGGAGCACACGCCUGUCUUCAUCCGCCUCCCUAGCAAUGGUUGCUACAUGCUGCCGUUGCCGGUCACCAAGGAGCGGGCGCUCGGCCUGCCUGGAGACCUGGGUUGCCGCUUUCUUCCUGGCAGCCAGCAGAAGGGCAUGACGGUGGUGACGGUGCCCGAACAGCAGCCUCUGGGCCUGGCGAUGGGCCUGGAGGGCGUCGGGCUGGACGGCAGCGAAGGCGAGAGGAGAGUUCCCGGCCCUGUUGGAGGAGGAAAGGGUUCCACAUGGUCCGGCGUUUGCACGGUUAUUUUAGUGGCGUGUGUGCUGCUGUUCCUGUUGGGAAUCGUGCUGCACAACAUGUCCUGCAUCUCCAAACGCUUCACUGUUAUCUCCUGCGGCUGAGGGAGGUCGAUUGGACCUCCUGCGGACCUCUGCCCCCUCCUCAGUGGCCCAGAUUCUUCUGAGGAGAGGAGACUUAGCUUAACAUCACAGGAAAACCAGGCAACGGCGGUUUUCCCGAUGAGGGAACAACGAGGGCGAGAAGGAGAUUUACAAACUGUCUGUCAGCAUUGUUUGUUGUUUUCAAUUAUGAAAACUGAAAAUGGAUAUUUUCACCAGCUCUGUGUUGGUUCUAAAAACUGCCACAUCUUUGUGUUUUCUUCAAGAACGUUCUGAAAG